AUGGCUGCUACUGGGAGACCUCUGAAGCGGCUCCGGGAGGAAGUCUCCUGCGACAUUUGCUUGGACUUUUUCACCGACCCCGUGAUCCUCGGCUGCGGCUACAGUUUCUGCCGGGCUUGCGCGGAAACGCUGUCGCCCUCCACCUGUCCCCACUGCGGGGCUGCCUUCGAUCCGAGCCGUUUGAGGACGAAUCGCAGCCUUGUCCCCAUCGUGGAGCUGGCCAAGCAGAUGACCGAGCGGGAGAAAGCUGAGGCCGAAGGCGGGGAGGGAGGCCGCGAGGAGCGCCAGCGGGGAGCCUGCCCGGCGGCGAGACGCCUCCUCUGCGGGGCUUGUAGCGCGUCCGAGGAGCACCGAAGGCACCACGUGGCCUCCGUGGAAGCGGCCGCCCAGGAGGUCAAGACUUGUCUCAGGAAAUGUCUGGACCGUCUGAUGAAAGAGAGAACAGAUGUUCAGUUGAAUAAAACAAGCCUUGAAGCAGACUCUCGACGCGCAUCUAAUCGAAUAACAGUGGUGUGUGAGAAAACAAAGGCAGAGUUCAAAAAAAUGCACGAGUUCCUGGACAAAGAAAAGGAACGUCUGUUGGCUCAGGUGACAGAGCUGCAAAACGAGAUUAAAAACAAACAGAACGAGCAUAUCUCUGCACUCUCCAGGAAACAAGACUUUCUUGAAGAUCUCAUCUGGGAAAUGGAAGAGAAGACCCAGCAGCCAGUGAAUGAAUUCUUGCAGGAUAUUGGGGACCUCUUGAAGAGGUAUGAGGAAAGAGAGAAAUUUCAGAAGCUGGCGUUUCUUUCUCCAGAGCUGCAUUGCAAGGUCUGGAAUUUGUUUGAUAAGAACCUGAUUCUGCUGGGGGCCAUGAAGCAUUUUAAAGCCAACCUGGAAUCGGGACUUCUGCAGUUUGAAGGAAAUACAAACAGAAGUCGUCCAUCACCCACCACACCUGAGGAACGUUGUGAGCAACUUGAAGCCAGUACUGCCGAGCAUACCUGGGAGUCUGGACCUUCAGCCUGAAUGAUGUGGUGUUUAAGUGGGGUUUUGUAUUUUAUUGGCCUGUUUUGGCAUUUUUUGUGUGAUUGCAGUCCACUUCGGAGGUAAUUGUGCCCCAAACUGUUCUUAAAAAUGUUGCAGAAAUAAAUGACAAAGGUGUGGGUACCAGGUGCUCAAAAGAUCAUAUCCCCGUUCCCAUAGCAGGGAGUGCACGAGCAUCCAAGUGUGUCUGAACUGUGCUGGGGGUAGGGGAGAUUUUUCCAGUAAUUGAACAGAGCCCCACCCACCGCACAAGACAAACACACUUGGAACACAAUGGCUUUCUCCAUUCUGGAGAGCUGCAUUUUACCUCUUCUUUUGGAUGCAAGAUGUCCUUGUAAUUGUGUGCCCUUAUGACAAUGAAAUCUACCUCACAGGCUCUGCUGGCCAUCAGGGCUCCAGCCAGCCCAUCAUCCUGAAACCUCUUCCUUCCCAGACCCCCAAAAGCUGUGCAGAUGCAGACACUAAAAACUCUUGCAUCUGAUGAAGUGAGUACUGGCUCGUGAAAGCUAAAGCCACAGUACAAUUUGCUAACCUGUAAGGUGCUAUGCAUCGCUUUGCUACUUUUGCAAUAAGAUUACUCCAGCUGCUCCUCCUGCACUUUGUCAUUCUUUGUUGCUACUACAGAAAACCCCUGUGUUCAAAGAGGCUAUUUUUGCAUUCUGUGUAAC